AUGAAUAUGCAGGCCGAAAUAUGGGUGGAUACAAAACAGAUGAUGGCAGAGGCAAAGAGGCUGUACAAGGAGUUCAGUAGUUUGAGCAUGAAGUCUACUUCUCGUAGUGAAAAGUUGUCUUACUCAAAUUCAAUGACCCAGAUUCCAAGCAAAAUUGUUGGCUUGAGUGUUCCUCUGGAAGAGUUAAAAAGGAAGCUCCUCUUUGAGAAUGUCGCUGUUAUUGGAAUAUGUGCACCUGGAGGAUGCGGGAAGACGACCUUGGCUGCAAAGCUCUGUCAAGAUUACAAAGUGCAAGCUGAGUUUGCGGCGAUCGUUUUCAGUACAGUAUCUGAGAUGCCAAACUUGCUAGAGAUUAUCAAAGACUAUGGGCAAAGCUGGUCAACGCAAGUUGCAUACCCGAUUUUAUUAAUGAGAAUGAUGCAUUCGAUCAGUUAACAGACAGUCUGAGCAAGAGAAAGCAUAAACCUUCUCUAGUGGUUCUAGAUGAUGUUUGGUCUGAAUCAGUACUCCAGAGGCUUGUAUUCAGAAGGACAGGCUUCAGAACACUAGUUACAUCAAGAAUCAAUUUUAAGGGUCUUGAUUUAGCCUAUCCUUUACAAAUGUUGGGACCAGAAGGUGCCAGGGAUCUGUUCUGUCAAUCAGCUUUCGCCCCUGAUCAAGCCCUUGAUAAGCUGGAUCCUGAGCUUUUGGAACAGCUGGAACAGAUAGUGAAAGGUUGCAGAGGUCUGCCACUGGCACUAAAAGUAAUUGGAGGCUCACUGAGGCAGGAACCUGUCAGGAAAUGGCGCAAGACAGCACAGAUGCUCCUGCAAGGAAAUCAAAUCUUUGAGAUGCAUGGCGAUCUCCUGGGAUGCUUGAGCAGCAGUUUAAACUCCUUGAGUAAAAUACUUACGGAGUGUUUUAUGGACCUGGGUACUUUUCCGGAAGAUGAAAAGAUACCUGCAGCCUCUCUCAUUGACGUGUGGAUCGAAAUCCAUGGCUUAACUGAGGAUGAUGCAUAUGUUGCUUUGCUUGAACUUGCGAGCAGAAACCUAAUUACACUUGUUGAGAGAACAAGGUGCGAAGCUGGGGAUGUAGAUGGGAGCUUCAGUGACCUCUUUGUUUUUCAGCAUGACAUUCUGAGAGAAUUGGCAAUCUAUACCUGCCGUGUGAACAAUGGUGGUCAGUCGACAAGACUUAUCUUGAGUGAAGGAGAUCUUCUGGAAAUCUCAGAGCGACAGAAGGAACAAGCAUCCCUGGCUGAGAUAGUUUCCUUUCAGACUGGUCAAAUGGGUCCCGGGAACUGGUUUGAUAUACCUUUUCCUCAUGCUGAGGUCUUGAUCCUGAACUUCUCAGCUGACUCGUAUUUCUUGCCCCCAUCUCUGGAGAUAAUGGAAAACCUCAAGGUUUUGAUUAGUGCAAACCAUAGCACACGCCCUGCAGAAUUACAAGGCCUGUCUGCAUUGGGUUCUUUGAAGAAUCUCCACAGAAUUAGACUGGAGAAAAUAUUAAUCCCUCCUCUUUCUACUUUUACACAAGCAAUGCAGACAGUGCAGAAGCUAGUAAUGGUGCUCUGUGAGGUCAGUCAAGUCAUUCAUUGGGAUAUUCAUAGCAACUUUCCAAUGCUAACGGAGCUAGAACUGGACUACUGCCACGGUGUAGAGACAUUGCCUCCUGGACUAUGCAGUCUUACCAAUCUACAGAAACUAAGCAUAACAAAUUGCCCUGAUCUAUUUGAACUGCCCGAGGGAAUAGGUGGAUUAGGAAGAUUAGAGGUCUUAAGGUUACACUCUUGUUCAAGUUUGGAAGGCCUUCCGGAUUCCUCAUGUAAACUUGGAAGCCUCAGAUUCUUGGAUCUGUCUCAUUGCUCGAGCAUUGAGAGCUUGCCAGACAACAUUGGCCAGUUGCAGCAUUUGAAAAGAAUUGAUAUGAGAUGGUGCUUAGGGCUGACGGAACUGCCAACAUCAGUGGCACAGUUGAAAGGACUUACAGCAGUUGUUUGUGAUGAGGAUACUGCAUAUCUAUGGAGGCCUUUUGAGCGUGUGCUCAGCAAUGUAACGUUUCAGGUUCCUAAAGAAGAUGUGAACUUGAAAUUUCUUGUAUAAUCGUU